AUGGGUGCAGUAGAAGACCAGAAGGUAAACUUAGCUACAUUUAUGUUCAAAAAUGAAGCUAAUUAUUGGUGGGACACGACAAAACAUUUAUUGUUCAUUCCAGGAGAAAAAGAGGUGAUAUUAUGGAAUCCAUUUGUUAAAGCUUUUUAUGAGAAAUAUUUCCCUCCAAUUUACAAAAAAGAGAAGGAACGGGAGUUUAUUCUCCUAAAACAAAAUAGAAUGUAUGUGGUUGAUUAUGAAGUUAAGUUUACAGCUUUAUCGAGAUUCGCACCCAAGUUUGUACAGAAUGAAGAAGAUAAAUGUACAAAAUUUCAGGAUGGGUUAGAGGCGGCUAUUAAGUCUAGAGUUUCAGUGUUUGAGGAAGCAGAUUAUAACAGACUUGUGAAUAAAGCCAUGAUUGCCGAAAGGGAUGUGAAAGAAUUGCAAGAAAGAAGGGAACAAUACAAAAGAAAUAGAUCUAAGCCGUCACAGUUAAGAGGAGGUGAAGGAAUUUCAAGUCAGAAAAGUCAAAGGUCGUGGUAUGGAAGGGGAAGGGGUGGUGAAUCUCAAGGUCAGACAUCAAGUAUUGGAAGAGGUCAAGGGCUUUCCGAACAACAAUCUAUACAACCAGGUAGCUUUGGAGGACGUGGUACUGGCAGGGGGUGUUUUCAGUGUGGAAGGGAAGGUCACCAGAAGAAAGAUUGUCCUGUAUUGAAAGCAGAAGAAUGUUAUCAUUGCCAUCAGCCGGGUCAUCGGAAGAGAGAUUGUCCUAUGUUGACAGGAGUGACCUUCGUAGGUAGUGUUGUUGGUUCUGGUAAAGGUUUUCCACAGGGGAACUCGUCAAGAGGAGGUAAGGGUACUACAAGUGGUUCACAAGCCCAGGGAAGAGUGUUUGCUAUGACACUUCAGGAUGCUCAAGCAACACCAAAAGUGGUGACAGGUACACUUUCUAUUUUGGAUAGAAAUGUUACUGUGCUUAUUGAUCCUGGCUCAACCCAUUCAUUUGUUGCAUUAUCUAUUGCUACGCAUUUGGGUAGACCACUUUCAUCAUUAGAUAGUAAAUUGUUUAUUUCUACACCAAUGGGGGAAGUGGUAGUGGUUGCAAAUGAAUAUCGGGAUUGUGUGUUGCAAAUGGGAGAUAAACAGAUAAAGGUGAAUUUGAUACCAUUGAGUAUACCAGAUUUUGAUAUUAUUUUGGGUAUGAAUUGGCUAUUUGCGUAUCAUGCAUCAAUAGAUUGUUUUCGGAAAGAAGUUAUAUUUCAGAUAUCAGGGGAGCCAGAAUUCAGAUUUACCAGAAAAAGAAAUGUUAUUCCAAACUGUCUUAUCUCAACUAUACAAACCAGAAAGUCGUUGAAGAAAGAGUGUCAGGGUUACUUGGCUUAUGUGGUUGAUACUGAAAAUAAAAAAGGUGACACUGGAAAAUGUACCAGUGGUACGAGAAUUCAUAGAUGUGUUUCCAGAAGAAUUACCGGGGUUACCAGUGGACAGAGAGGUAGAUUUUACCAUUGA